GAAUUAGUGAAGACUCUCCGGUGUUUUGAAACUUCUUCUGCUUGAAAAGUUGUUUCCUUUUCCCACACAGUGCUCGAGUUUUCUAUGAGCUAGGGAGCUUCGUCCGUCAAUUCGACUUCUUUUUCUUAAAAGGCAUAUGACAGAAGGCCUGAUUCUGAUAGCGAUGCUUUUGCCUUUAGCUUAACUUUUCUCAAAAAUUAAAAAAAAAAAGGAUAUUGUGCUUAUUUCUGUGGCUUCUGUAUUCCUUCUUCUUUAAGGUUCAAGCUUUUUUUCUCUUUAGUUGUGUUUGUGUGGUUCUCAUUCACAUCUCCUCCGAGAAACUAUCGCAAGAGAUCCUUCAUACAUGUAUGUGCCUUAGAUUGAUGACAAUUUGAUUUGAUUCGAUUCGAUUUUUUCAAUAAAAAACAUUGCUGUGGGCCUUAACAGACGAAAACAUCAGAUGAUCAAACUACAGGGAAGGCAGCAUGGAGAUCAUUGUAUAUAAGCCAUAUUUAGAUCCUGAGUUCGAAUCACUCAUUGAAAGAGUCCAUCCGCCCAGGGUUUGCAUCGACAACGACGCAUGUGGAGACUGCACUCUUGUAAAGGUUGAUAGCGCGAACAAGCACGGGAUUUUAUUGGAGAUGGUCCAAGUUCUGACGGACCUCGACCUCGUCAUCUCCAAAUCUUACAUCUCGUCCGACGGCGGGUGGUUCAUGGACGUGUUCCAUGUGACAGACCAGCUUGGGAACAAAAUAACCGACGAAAGCCUCAUCCAUUACAUACAACAGUCACUAGGUUCAGGAAGGAGAGGAGGAGGAAACGCAAAAGAGGUGCAGACAUGCUUGGGCAAGGUGGUGGGUCCAAGACACGUGUCUACGCAAUACACCGCUUUGGAGAUCACUGGGACCGAUAGACCGGGCCUCUUAUCAGAGAUAUCAGCAGUGCUGACAGAGCUUGGGUGCCACGUGGUGUCUGCUGCUGCUUGGACGCACAACACCCGCUCUGCUUGCAUCAUCUACGUGGAGGACGCAUCUAGGGGAGGCGGACCCAUCACGGAUCCGGAUCGUCUGACCAAAGUGGAGGAGCAGCUGGAAAACGUCGUCAGCGCCCACCACGGAAACGGAAGCGGGGAGCGGAAGAGGGUCAGGUUGUCUGUGCCGUCAGCCAGCCGAACCCACACUGAGAGGCGGUUGCACCAGUUGAUGUUUGCUGACAGGGACUACGAAGAAUGUGGCACUGGUGAUUAUACUACCGAAAGUGGUGACGGCGACGUCGACCGUAAAAUGGCGUUAGAGUUGGAUGGGGAGGGAAGUUGGACAGGGAGGACAGAAGUGUCGAUAGAGAGCUGUAACGAGAAAGGGUACUCGGUGGUGAGAGUGAGGAGCAGGGACCGGCCGAAGCUGCUGUUCGACACGGUGUGUACGUUAACCGAUAUGCAAUACGUCGUCUUCCAUGCCGCUGUUAGCUCCAACCAUUCCGUCGCUGUACAGGAGUAUUACAUACGCCACAUGGACGGAUGCACAUUGGAUACGGAGACUGAGAGAUGCCGAGUCACCCAGUGUUUAAUUGCUGCCAUUGAGCGACGAGUCUCUCAUGUAUGCCCAGGAUUAAGACUGGACGUAUGCACUCGAAAUAGAGUGGGAUUACUCUCCCACAUAACACGAGUGUUCAGGGAGUAUGGGCUUUCAGUGUCGAGGGCAGAGAUUGGUACUCGCGGCGAGACGGCAACUGGAUCAUUCUACGUAAUUGAUUUAUCGGGGAAUGAUGUCGAUUCCAAGACAGUGGAGUUGGUGAGGAAAGAGAUCGGGGGAACGGUCCUGGAGGUAAACAAGUCCUCAGGUUGGCCUGCUCCCACCUCAUGCAGCAAUGGCUCUGUGGAAUACAGGUCAAGAUUCUCAUUGGGUAGCUUGCUGUGGGCUCAGCUGGAGCGUCUCUCAAGCAACUUUGGAUCUAUAAGAUCAUGAGUGAGGAAUGCGCAUUGCUUACUAAUGUGAAAAAUCUAAAUGAUGCUGAAUCACUCUGUAAAUAUUAGUCCUCCUUGCUCUAGUAUUUACUUAAAAAGUUUAAACUCAUGUAGGGUGCUAUUCUUACUUAGUAUUACUGCAAUUUCUAUCUGUGUGUAAAAUAAACAACCAUCGUUGUUUUAUGACGGUGCAUGAAUUCUUGUUUUGCAGAGUGAAGGUUCUUCCGUUCUUAUUUUGUGAA